CGGGGCCGGAGUCCAGCUCCGGGCCUCCGCGGCCAUCGCUGCCUGCGCGCUCCGUUCCGCUCGCCCGCUUCCCGCCCACCCGGGCCGAGUGGGGCCGGGUGGCGUCCGCAGCCUCGCCCCGAGGGACACGGCGGCUUCAGGGGCUGGGCCUCCCUCCCUCCAGCGCAAUGUCAGGCACCGCGACAGCUCUGUGAGGCCGCGGCCGUGGCGCUGGGCGGCGGCGGGUCCGGGCCGAGGCCGCUCAUGGUGCCGCCACGACACCAUCGCGGGGCAGGAAGGCCAGGUGCGCUGAGUUCUUCACCUCCUUUUAGACUCAGAUCUGCCAAGUUUUCAGGCAUUGCUCUUGAAGAUCUUAGAAAAGCCUUUAAAGUAAGAUUGCAAAUGGUGUGUGUAUUUAUCAUGAACCGGAUGAAUUCCCAGAGCAGUGGUUUCACUCAGCGCAGGCGAAUGGCUCUUGGGAUUGUUAUUCUCCUACUUGUUGAUGUGAUAUGGGUCGCAUCCUCAGAACUUACUUCGUAUGUUUUUACUCAGUACAACAAGCCAUUCUUCAGCACCUUUGCAAAAACAUCUAUGUUUGUCCUAUACCUUUUGGGAUUUAUUAUUUGGAAGCCAUGGAGACAACAAUGUACAAGAGGAUUUCGAGGAAAGCAUGCUGCUUUUUUUGCAGAUGCUGAAGGUUACUUUGCUGCUUGCACAACAGACACAAGUAUGAAUAGUUCUUUGAGUGAACCUCUUUAUGUUCCUGUGAAAUUUCAUGAUAUUCCAAGUGAAAAACCUGAGAACACAAACAUUGAUACUGAAGAAACUCCCAAAAAGUCUCGUGUAAGGUUCAGUAAUAUCAUGGAGAUUCGGCAGCUUCCAUCAAGCCAUGCAUUGGAAGCUAAGUUGUCUCGCAUGUCAUAUCCUACUGUGAAAGAACAAGAAUCCUUAUUCAAAACUGUGGGGAAACUUACUGCAACUCAAGUAGCAAAAAUUAGCUUUUUUUUUUGCUUCGUGUGGUUUCUGGCAAAUUUGUCAUAUCAAGAAGCACUUUCAGACACACAAGUUGCUAUAGUUAAUAUUUUGUCCUCAACUUCUGGACUUUUUACCUUAAUUCUUGCUGCAAUGUUUCCAAGUAACAGUGGAGAUAGAUUUACUCUUUCUAAACUAUUAGCUGUAAUUUUAAGCAUUGGAGGUGUUGUGCUGGUGAACUUGUCAGGGUCUGAAAAAUCUGCUGGAAGAGAUACAAUAGGUUCCAUCUGGUCUCUUGUUGGAGCCAUGCUCUAUGCUGUCUAUAUUGUUAUGAUUAAGAGAAAAGUAGACAGAGAAGAUAAGUUGGAUAUUCCAAUGUUCUUUGGUUUUGUAGGUCUGUUUAAUCUGCUGCUCUUAUGGCCAGGUUUCUUUUUACUUCAUUAUACUGGAUUUGAGGACUUUGAGUUUCCCAAUAAAGUAGUAUUGAUGUGCAUUAUCAUUAAUGGCCUUAUUGGAACAGUUCUCUCAGAGUUCCUGUGGUUGUGGGGCUGCUUUCUUACCUCAUCAUUGAUAGGCACACUUGCACUAAGCCUUACAAUACCUCUGUCCAUAAUAGCUGACAUGUGUAUGCAAAAGGUGCAGUUUUCAUGGUUAUUUUUUGCAGGCGCUAUCCCUGUAUUUUUUUCAUUUUUUAUUGUGACUCUCUUAUGCCAUUACAAUAAUUGGGAUCCUGUGAUGGUGGGAAUCAGAAGAAUUUUUGCCUUUAUAUGCAGAAAACAUCGAAUUCAGAGGGUUCCGGAAGACAGUGAACAAUGCGAGAGUCUCAUUCCUAUGCACGGUGUUUCUCAGGAGGAUGGAGCUAGUUAGCUGUUGUCUGUAGUCCAGCUUGAUAAUGGAACAUUAUGCAGCGAAGAGACAAUCUCUGGCAAGUUUUUGUAGGAAAUGUUUCAGUGCCUAGUCUGAAAAAUAACAGUUUCAGUUCUUUGGAACUCUAAAAUAUAUUUUCCUCAGAUCUGUUUUCUUCAUUUCAUAAUGAAGUACUUUGCUAUGUAGCUGUGUACAUAUCACUACAGUUAUAGGAAUUUCCAAUCCACAGUUCCUCUAAAGGACCAACCUGCCUUACACAUCUCAAGGAAUUCAGCUGAUGAAAUAAUUUGAACUAAUCAAGGAAUAAAAUUCUGAUGUUCUGGAGACUUUAUUUUCACAUAUUAUUUGUUAAAUGCUGGACUAUAUUAUGAAAAUGUUUUCAAGAAAUCAUUUAAGUAUAUAGAUCAGUGUUUCUUAACAGAUAAAGUGAUGAAGUAAGCUGCCUAUAAUAGGUACGGAUUAUAUUUUUGAGUUUUCAUAGAAUAUUGCAAAUUAACAACACAGAAAAAAAUGCUUAAUUUUAUGCAAAUGUGUCCAUGUAAAUUUAGUGGGACUUUAAAGAGAAAACAUAUUUGAGAAACGUCUGGUUCACUCACACUACAUAAACUGUAUUAUCCUUUCCUAGCAUUAGGUGCCUUGUAUUUUAAAUCUGUGACAAACCAUGACAAAUUUUUAAAGGGGAAGUAUUAUUGUAAAAUGGAGAAUUAUGUAUUUCUAAAGGCUCUAUUGCUGUAAAUUUAAUGGAUAAAGCUCUGCUUAAUUAGAGUUUUGAAGAAAUAUUCUCUCUUCAAUUAAGACGUUUUCAUAAUGGAAUGAUUUGAGUUGAAGUGAUAAAGAGUAUUAUUAAAAUAAAAUGUUUGUAUAUAUGUAUUUGUGUAUGACAGAUCUAUUAAUUGGUUUCUGAUUUUUUUCAUAUAUAAAUGCCCAAUUACUCUAGAACUGGAUGCCUCUAGUUUUCCUAAAUAAAUGUUUAAUGGCUAAAAUACCAAAGAAGGCAAAAAGAGAUUCUACUUUAAAAAUUUCAUUUGAAUUUUUCCUCUACCAAGCUUAAAUAUAAAAUACUCUUAAUUACAACUCUUAAA